AUGUCUCUUCUAGAUCCGCCAUCUUUCUCACAGCAGAGCAGGUCAAACAAACGCAAGAGACUUGCAUCUUCUCUUGACGAUGACUUCCCCAGCUCACUUCCGGCUCAUCUCCCUCGCGACUCCAUCAACCCUCACAGCCACACCCCCGGCAUAGUCGCCCAGUUUGCCAUCGCAGGCCUCUCAGAGACAGAUCUGGACCCGGCUCAGCAGAUUCCCGACUUUCCUCACCGGGGUCUCGACCGCAAGUCCGUAGGCCGCAUCGAGAUUGAACCAGAGCCUGAGGAGGAUCCGGACACAGAAGCUGACGAGGAUACCGCACCCGCAAAGAAGAAGACGACCCAGCGGAGGCGUGGCGGUCACUUUGAUGUUCUACUCCAGUCCAUCCACCAUUUUCUCGAUCAGGGAGAGAUAGAAAAGGCCUCGCGCGCUUAUGGCGUGCUCCUUCAGCUCCGACCCUCAGGAGGACCAGUUGAUCUCCGCCACCACAGCCUCUGGGCCAUCGGCGCCGAGAUCCUCAUGCGACAAGGCGAGCAUACUUCCCCCGAAGAUGACAAGCCUGAAGAUGAAAAGAAGACACUGCCAAAGAGAUGGGUUCGUGCAGCAAACAUGAACAAGGUCAAGGCCUACUUCGACACCCUGAUCCAGCAGCACCCAUACGACUAUAAACACCCACAGAGCACCUCGGCGCUGGACUUUUGGCUCGCCCUUUUGAGCUGCGAGAUCUACAACACGCACACGGAGCAUGUGCUAGCCCUGGAGCGCCUGGCACGGGAUGCAGACCAAGAUUCUCGCCGCGGGUCGUUUGGUCAUGACGAUAGUUUCGGUAGUGACGACACAGAGACUCAAGAGGCCCGGUUGGCGCAGAGAAAGGAGGAGCUUAGACUCCAGGCACUGAGUGCCAUGAAGGAUGUCACCAAGAGAAUGGAUGAGUUGAUGCAGGAUAUGCCUUACUCAAGGAACCAACACUAUCUUCGACUACGCGCCAUGGCUUCACUCUACAUCGCUGAUCUGGUCCUCCCUACAGGACCUACCUCGGCUGCGAGAUUUCAACAUGCACAAAGAACAAGGCAAAUGGAACAGAAAACGGCCAGAGAUGAGCUGCAAAAGAUUAUUACACAUGGAGGCGAACUAGACGAGGCUGCAAUGGCCGUCCUCAACCCCUCUGAAGAUUCUGAAGAGGAUACAUCUAUACCGCUAUACUCGAGCCUCCCCAUCCGAGGGCUCUAA